AUGGAAUGUUGCAAUUUCAUUGAUGGUUAUCAAUGGGAAGAUCUCAUACGUAACUAUCUACCAAAAUUGAGAACAUUUCACUUAUCAAUGGGAAAUUUAUCUGUUAUUCGACCAAUGACAGAGGAACAAAUUGAUGAAUUUAUGAAUUCAUUUGGUAGUUCAUUUUGGAUUGAUGAACAUCGAUGGUUUGUUCAAUGUAUGAGUAAUGAACACUUUAUUCGUUUUGGGACUGACGAAAACAUUUGAUUCUAUUGAUGAAAAGCUUUUUUUCUAUAAAUAGUUGUAUUUAAAAAAAAAUUUGGUACAUGAAAUAAAAUAUUCUCAUCAAUUCAGACAAAUUUAUUCACCAACAGAUCAAAUUAGAGUAACAUUCGUUAAUCAAAAAAGGAAUACUCUUUUUUUUUUCUUCAGUGCACUUAUCUGUCUCUGUGUCUUGAGGAGAAAUUUUGCUCCAUCUCAAUAAAAAUCUUCAUUCGAUUCUAUAACUGAAUGACAAUCUACGUUUUGGACAUUAGUAAAAAAAGAGAACUAUUCAAAUUCUGUUAAUUAUAACCAAGAACGCAAUAGUCAUGUCUAUUAUAUAUCAUUUUAUUUCGUUAAAACAGUCGUAAUGAAAACCAUCUUGAGGGU